AUGAAGGCCACGGUUGUGCCUACGCAGUGCGUCGACGCGGCCAAGCCAGUGUCGACGGGUCCCGUGUCGUCGCUGCGACCCACGGUGCCACCCUCUGGUCUUGCGCAGUAUCGCGACUGGCCCUUCGCCGUGCUCUUUGUCAUCAACGUGCUUGCGAUCCUCGUCGUGGCCUUGCUCUGGGGCGCCCCAAGCUUGGACGACAGCCAAGACGCCUCGACGUCGAUCGACGUCACGUACGUGGGCAAAGGGAUCGGUAUCAUGGCGGCCAUGUUCGUCGUCAGUCUCGGCCUCUCGGCGCUGAUGGUGCUCGCGAUCCUCAAGUUUCCCGCCGAAAUCAUCACCUUUGGACUAUGGACCAACUUGACGCUGUGCUUUCUGGUCGCGGUCCUCGGACUCGUCACCGGCAUCCUCGUGCUCGUCAUCAUUGGGGGCUUGUCAACCGCACUCUUUGCUUGCUACAUGUACGGUGUGCGCGACCGGCUCGCGUUUGCGGCGGCCAACCUCCGUGUCGCGGCGGCCGCACUCGUCGACGUCAAGGCGCUUGUCCCGAUAAGCUUUCUUUUGGUGCUCUUGCAGCUCGUCUGGACACUUGUCUGGUUCAUUGCGCUCUAUGGCAUCUUUGUGCAGGCCCCGCCCGCGUCGACGCCGGCGGUGCCUGCGAUCCUACUCUCGCUCUCGCUGCUCUGGGGCAUCUCGGUGCUCAAAAACAUCAACGUUGUCACGAUUGCCGGUGGCGUUGCGAGCUGGUGGUACGGCGAGAGUGCCGCACCGACGGCCGGCGCUCUGCAGCGCGCGACGACCACGUCACUGGGCUCCAUCUGCCUCGGGUCGCUUCUUGUCGCGAUUCUCCAAGUGCUGCAGCAGCUUCUCGAGAUGGCGAGCCGCAACGGAGGCGUCGGCGCACUCGUCGCGAGGUGCCUCAUGAGCUGCCUCGUCUCCCUUUUUGAGCUCUUCAGCCACUGGGCGUUUGUCUACGUCGGCGUCUACGGCAACACGUUCGUCCAAGCCGGCAAGGCGACCAUGCAGCUCUUCCAUGCGCGCGGCUUCACGGCGCUUCUCAACGACGAGCUCAUCUCGAGUGCGCUCGCCUUCUCGGCGUUCGUUGUCGCUCUCAUCUGCAGCGGCGUUGGCGUUGCCGUGUGUGCGAUUGACACCCAGGCAACUGCCACGCUAGUGCUUGUGGGUCUCGGCUCCUUCUUUAUGGCGCUGGCUGUCGCGCUGGUCGUGCUCAGCACCAUCGACGGUGCGGUCGCGACCGUGUACGUGUGCUUUGCCGAGCACCCGGAAGCACUGGGGCAGAGCCACCCCGAGCUCUUCCAGCUGCUCAUGCGCGGCUGGCACGCCAUGUACCCGGAUAUCAUGGCCUCGGCCGGCUACCCAUUGCCAACGGCAACCUAA